AUGGAGUUUAUUACGUGGAUUACAGGAAGAUGACGAAUUAAAACUAUGGAUUUAUGCUUUGAUGAUACAACAAUUGACCAACUAUUUGUAACGAUGAAGUGGCAAUCACUGAAUGUCGACAAAACAAAGAUGCGACUGCUACUAUUGGUCUGUGUACACUUUUCGUUUCUCUGCGAAGGAGAAACUGGAGAUGUCGGAGAAGCCGCCAGACAAAGCAUAAUAGACAAGUAUAGAGGUAAACUCUCAAAAUUCGCCAAUCACGAAGGACUGUACAGUGAUGAAAUUGAAGCUCGCCUUGCCACACUUGACAAGGUUUCACUUCUUAAAAAUGAUGAAUAUGUAAAUGAUUUUAAAAGUAAACUCCAAAGUAUGAUUUCCGAGUACGAUCAAGAGGAUGUAGAAUCCGAACCGGAACCGGAAGAAGAAUCAGAACCGGAACCGGAAGAAGAAUCGGAAGAAGAAGAAGACGACGACGAAGACGUUAUAUAUUUAGAGGAUGAAGAAUGGGAUAUGGAAUACUGGGAUGAACAUCUAUGCGCAACAGAUCAUGAUGAUAUCAUUCCUGAUAACGUCAUUGACUGGAAUGUUACAGACCGUGCAAGAAAAACUAUGCCACCGGGGUUUAGAAUAUCAAAUUCUACAAUACCCGGGGCGAAUCUCGGUGUUUUCGCCGAGGCAUUUAUACCUUCAGGGACCUAUAUGGGACCAUAUGAGGGAGAAGUUAUUUAUGAUGACGAAGAUCUCUAUCUUAAUGCAGACUAUGCUUUCAAGAUUUACAAAAACAAUCAGCUCCUAUUCUUCCGAGAUGCCUGGCAUCCAGAUACCUCUAGCUGGGUACGCUACGUCAACUGUGCCCGCGAUAUGGUGGAACAAAACCUAGAACCAAUACAAUGCGAAGACCAUAUAUACUAUAGGGCUAUCCAACCUAUUAAACCAGGCCAAGAACUGUUUGUAUUCUAUGGAGAAGGGUACGUCGAAAAGCUUGGCAUUGCAAUGCGUAAUUAUUGCAAAUGGUACAAUGGAACUCUACACGAUGGGAUUGGAUCAGAUUAUACUUGUGAGGACAUUGACUAG